AUGGAUCCGCAUGACAAGAUGAGAAGCAGAGAUGUGAAUAAGGUGGCUCGAGGAGAGCAGGCUCCUCGGCCUGCUCAUGAGUACGGCUCCAUCAGAUCAGCUCCUCCUAAACCGACACCGACUUUGCCGCUGUGUAUCAAGGACAAGGGCGAUGGCACACCUCAAUGUGUGAGGUUUGAGAAAAAUUAUAAGAUUUUGUGCCCUCUUGAGUGGAUCUUACAAUUUCUUGAUGAAUUGCAGAUUGAGAGGUGGGAUGAAGAUCAAAAGCGUGGAGUGUUAGUGAUAGAGUAA